UUAUUAAAAUUUUACUAUGUCAAAUGAAUUAUAUUUAAAUACCUUUCCUGAACGUCGUGAACCAGAUAAAAGAAUAUUUUCAGUGUCAAAAUUAAAUCUUGUGAAGCACGGAAGUUUUAAAAAGCCAAGACCCAAAACUUAUGCUGUUGAUGUUGAGGCUGAAAUUCAGGAACUUAAUAUAAAUAGGAUGGCGACUUUCAGAGAAGAAUUGCAUUUUGUGAUUGGUAUGUCAAUAAGUGAAGAUUGGACCAGAGCUUCCAUAAUAACAUUAUUUGGACAGAUGAAAGCCGAAUAGAUACUUCAGGAAUAUAUAAUAGGUAUAGUUCCUAUUACUGGACUACAGAAAACCCACAUGUUGUAGUACGCGCAAACAGACAAGGACAAAUGGGCUUCGAUAUUUGGGUUGGAAUUUUUCGAGAGCAGACAAGGGGGGCAAUCCAGAGAACAUCAAGGAAAUCCAAAAAAAACGUUACAAAGAUGUUACUUUGGUGGACACUGUGGUCGAGAAAGACACGCUGUGGAGACAACUGCGCCACAAGGCAGACAACUGGAACAAACUGAAAAAUGUUUGUAGCAAAGCCAUCGGGGAGAAAAUGAAGAAGAAGGAGCCACAGGGUGAUGCUGACCAGGCCGUACCCGAACAUGUAGUUAGUCAGUUGGAGAAUUUAACUGUUGAAGUGCUACAGCCCCUUACUGUGAAUCAAAUUAAGAAGGUACGCACCCUUAUAGACGAAGCCAUAAUAAAGAACGACAGUGACCUCCUAUCAACCGAAAAGACCCGAAAUAAUGCCCUAAAAGAAAUCGGAAACCUUUUGCACGAUUCUGUGCCAGUAGACGACGACGAGGACCACAAUAAAGUGGAGAGAACGUUUGGAGAUUGCCAACUUAAAAAAAAAUACUCUCAUGUGGAUUUAAUUUGUAUGAUCGAUGGGGUGGACACUGACAGAGGUACCACGGUAUCCGGUGGACGUGGUUACUACCUUAGCGGUCCUGCGGUUUUUCUGGAACAAGCCCUAAUCCAGUUGGCUCUAAGGAGAUUAUUGAAAAAGGGAUAUAAACCGCUUUACACCCCGUUUUUUAUGCGGAAGGAGAUAAUGCAGGAGGUGGCGCAACUGUCUCAGUUCGAUGAAGAGCUUUAUAAAGUUAUUGGCAAGAGCAGUGAAAGCACCGAAGAUAAGGGAGUGGAAGAGAAGUAUUUGAUAGCUACCUCUGAGCAACCAUUGGCCGCUUUCCAUAGGGACGAGUGGAUUGCGGAAAGUAUGCUGCCGAUACGGUAUUCAGGGAUUUCAACAUGUUUUAGGCAAGAAGUGGGGUCACACGGAAGAGAUACCAGAGGAAUUUUUAGGGUACAUCAGUUUGAAAAGGUAGAACAAUUCUGCCUCACUUCCCCGUUCGACAACAAAUCCUGGGAAAUGAUGGACGAAAUGAUAACGAACGCGGAAGAAUUCUACAAAGCCCUCGAGAUCCCUUACAGGAUAGUAAACAUCGUUUCCGGGGCAUUAAACAACGCCGCGGCCAAAAAACUGGAUCUGGAAGCGUGGUUUCCCGCCUCGGGCGCUUUUAGGGAACUAGUCUCAUGCAGCAACUGUCUGGAGUAUCAAGCGAGACGUUUAUUGGUCAGAUACGGACAAACGAAGAAGAUGAACGCCGCCACCGACUACGUGCACAUGCUAAAUGCGACCAUGUGCGCCACCACGCGAGUUAUUUGUGCGAUCUUGGAGGUGCACCAGACCGAUGAGGGGAUUAAGGUGCCGCAAGUGCUCAAGGAGUUUAUGCCCGACGAGUAUAGUGAGGUUAUUCCGUUUGUGAAACCGGCCCCGAUUGAUGUGGAGAAGGAGGCGAAGGCGAAAAAGGGGAAGAAAGGGGGAAAGGGCGAAGAGUAAUUUUUGUGAAAAGGACUUUUGUUAAAAUGGCAUUUAUUAAGUUUUUUAUGUUGAAAAUUCUUGGGUAAUCGAAAGAUAGCUUAAAAGCCCGUCUAGCUAUUUAUUAUUUAUAACUAAUGAUUAAUAAAGCUCUUUACAUGCUUA